GCGAAUGUCAAAAAAUGACAUUUGUUUGUGAAAUAACGAAAAUGAUAAGAACGAAUAAAUUAGAUUUUACAAAAGCAAAAUAUUUGUAAUUCUAUUAGUGCUUUGAAAAUGAAUGUCACUUUGACCAGUUUGGAAGCUUUGAUUCUAAAAGCAACGCACGAAACUUUGCCAUGUCCCGAUGCGGCGGCGCUGGAGGCGUUUUGUGCGAUAAUGCGGGACUCAACGGAGGGCCCGAUGCUAGCGGCGCAGACGCUGGCAGCCCGCAUCCACACGCCGAACCCCCGCGAGGCACUACUGGCUCUCACGAUGCUCGACCGCUGCAUGCGACGGUGCGACGCAAAUUUUCACGCCGAAGUCGGAAAAUUCCGCUUCUUGAAUGAAAUGAUCAAACUCGUUUCACCUAAAUAUUUCGCCGAUAGAACUGCCCCUGAAGUGAGGACGAGGGUGCUACAACUUCUACAUGCCUGGUCAAUUGAAUACCCGAAGGAGACUAAAUUCAAGGUAGCAUUUGACAUGCUGAAGAAUCAGGGGGUAGUGAAGGAAACCCCACCACCCUUGCCGCCGGAGGACACGCCGCCACCGCGGGCCCGCGUCAAGAGCGCCAUCUUCGAGGAUGAGGAGAAGUCCAAACUUCUACAGAAAUUACUACAGAGCAAGAAACCUGAAGACCUUCAGCAUGCCAAUAGACUAAUCAAGACUAUGGUAAAAGAGGAGGAGCGUCGGUCGGAGGCCAGCAGCCGCCGCGCGCAGGAGGUUUCGGCGGCGCUGGACAGCGCGGGGCUGCUGCGCGACAUGCUGCAGCGCGCGGCCGACGCCUCGAGCGAUGAGCUGCAGCUCAUACACGAGCUGCACGCCGCCUGCACGCGCCUCAGGCCCGCGCUGCAGCGCCUCGCCGCCGCACACACGCACCAGGAUGACAUCAAUGACAUUGUAUAUGCAAGCGACGUGCUAGAUGAAGUAUUCGAGAUAUACAACACGUUCAUUGCGGAGCAGCGAGACAAACCAAAACCUGACACACAAGCUGCCAGCAGUGAUAGUCUUCUAGACUUCGCCGGAGCUAAACCGCGUAAGGGCGAAGGGGACGAAGCGAAGACUGAAGAAAAGCCUGCUAAAAAUAGUGUCAUUGAUGAACUGGGAGAUAUAUUCUCCAGUGAAGGAGGACCAAGCAUUGCUGAGCCAUUGAAACCUGUUAAUCUGAUGGGCUUUGAAGAUGUGGCCAUGUUAGAAGAGAAAAGCACCAAAGCUGAAGGCUGGAAUGAACUGGAUUCGCUAGGGGAACAGCUGCUGAAACAAUCGCUACCAGAGAAUGCGAAAAGAAUUGAUAGUUUUAAUAGCAAACCUGCUAAGAAAAUACCAAUGAAAGCGUUAGAAAAUGUAUCACCAAAACAUGAGACGCCGGCGAAUAACGGAGCUAUUUUAGACCUAGAUUACUUCACGAAGAAGCCUGAGGAGCCGAGACCUAUACACGCAGAACCAAAGCCCUUCAGCCCGACUGAUGACGUCAUGGUAGACAUUACAAAGGGUGCUACGAGUAUAACUAGCACUAAUAACAAUAGCAGUCCCAAAGACAGUCCACUAGACAAUAUACUGGACAUAGGAUUAACUUUAGACAAUGUGAAAGUGGAAACUGUAGAGAAUAAGGAAACAGAAAAGACAGAUAUUGUUAAGAAAACUAGUGACGUGAAACCGUUGAGUGACAUACAUGUGACAUUGCAAAAUGUUCAGCCGAGUAAAGUCGCUCCGAUGACUGUGUUUGAAGAAGAAGGCGGGGUGACGGUGGUACUGCAUUUCUGUAAAGACAAGCCCAGGCCUGAUGUGAAUGUCAUCGUUGUCUCCACCACCAGCAAGUGCAAGUCGCCGAUCGAGGAUUAUAAGUUUCAAGCUGUUGUACCAAAGGGCUGCAAGGUGCGGCUGCUGACCCCGUCGGGCACGAGGCUGCCCGCCCGCAACCCGUUCCUGCCCCCGCCGGCGCUCACGCAGGUGCUGCUGCUGGCGCGGGCCGCGCCGCCGCCGCCCGCCUCGCUCAAGUUUGUUAUAACGUACACCUGCGAAGACGACACAUACUCCGAGAUCGGAGAAGUCAAACAGUUACCGCUAGACGAUAUAUAACAAGUGAAUUAAUAUUAGCCCGGCGAUAGAGAGUAGAGAGAUGACGUAAAGGAAGGCUUAGUACUUAUCGCGUUUUUCGUUGGUUAGUGUUCUCAAGGCAACUAGGUGAGGUUUUUUUUUUUCGCAACCGUUGUGGCGUUCAGACGUGAGAAGAAAGGUUUCUCGCUCUCAGGGUGUGAUUUCUCUUGGCAACGGAAAAGUCAAUUGCUGGUUGGCAGAGCCACUAUCAAAGGCUUUUAGUUUAUACUAUCUGGUUGACCAAUCCUUUGCCUAAGGGAUGGGUACACGAAAACACCUAUGAGCCUGGCAUGAUCAUUCAGGGUGUUCAAUUUUUUUUUUUUUAUUGCGGCUUUGGUUACAAGGCCAUUGGCCGAAAAGUGGAACAUAAAUGAGUGUUCAAAGCCUCGUUAAAAAUAAGAAUAGAAAAAAAACCGUCGUGGCGCCAUCAAUGCGUCCUAAUGAGAUAGCGCCUUUGUAGCUGUCAGUGUUGUCAUACCUCUUCUACGUACUCUUUAUCGCCAAAUUGUAGUUAUAAAAGUCAAUGCAAUUAUAUCAUGGUAAUUUAUCGCUGGUACGACGAAAGUUUUUGGGCCAUUUGAUUUUAACAAACGUGUUGAUGUGUGACAAAGGUUUUGGUUAGAUACUUCGUGUUUUGAAGACAUUGGUGAAGAUUUGGGCGGAUAAAACUUUGCUUCACUAUCGCUAUCUCUUACUCACACUAAGCUUGUAAGCUGGUUUUUUUAUAAGAAUAAAGUUCUUUAAACUGAGCUUGUGAAGGGUGACACUACAUUUUUAGAGUUGUCUAAAUUAAGGUGUGUCUGCUAGAUUCGACACCAUUGAUAACGUAAACCCUCAUCAUACGGAGUAAAUUACCCAGUCUUCAUAGACUAUGGAAGUUAAAGAGUUAUAUUGGUUACGAAUAUACGACGCGGCCAGUUUUCUAAAGUUUAUUUUUUUAAUUAUUUUUGUCUUAAUAAGUUGUAUGGUCCAAAAAAUUUCGACAAUGUAUUAUUUAUAAAGGCUUAUAUGUUUUGCAUUUGUACAGCAAAUUAUUUAAUAUUAAUAUAGACAGUGAUGGGAUGAAUAUUUACAAUUAAUGCACAAUGGCCAAUAUUUUAAGCUUCGUAAUAUAUGUAUAAGAUAAUAAUGUAACUUUAUUGGUCAUUGCCAAUGCAUUUCUGGGUCUAGUCGUCGAAAUUUAAAAAAAAAUGCAUUUCAUAACAUUCCAAAUGUACCAUACGUACUUAUAAUCAUCAAUUCAUCACACUUAAUUUAUGAAAUUAAGAAUUUAUUUUUUUAUAUACUUAAUCUGUUUUGUUAGAUCUGAAAUGUGCAGUAUUAUGUGAAAUUCCACUACUUUUAUAAAUUAUUGCUAAUAAGUUACAUGUAUUGUGGUGUUAAGCAAAUUCUAUGUUACUUAAAAGAUCUUAUCUUUUGUUGCCGUGCAAUAUGCGAAGUAAUCUUAUUUUAGAAAGAAGUAUUCUAAUAUAGUUAAUUUUA